AUGACCUCCAGAAGCCACAACUCCUUACCGAGAACUCUGAUGGCUCCACGAAUGCUUUCCGAAGGUGCCCUCGGGGGCAUCGCCCAAAUCACCCCCUCGCUGUACCUGAGCCGGGGCAGCGUCGCCUCCAACCGGCACCUGCUCCUCUCCCGGGGAAUCACCUGCAUAAUCAAUGCCACCAUCGAGAUUCCCAAUUUUAACUGGCCCCAGUUUGAAUACGUGAAAGUGCCUUUGGCUGACAUGCCCAACGCCCCCAUCUCCCUGUACUUCGACAGCGUCGCCGACAAGAUAAACAGCGUGGCGCGGAAGCACGGGGCCACCUUAGUCCAUUGUGCCGCCGGCGUGAGCAGGUCGGCCACCCUCUGCAUCGCCUACCUGAUGAAGUACCACAAGGUGACCCUCUUCGAGGCGUACAACUGGGUCAAAUCGAGACGCCCCGUUAUACGCCCCAACGUGGGCUUCUGGAGGCAACUGAUAGACUACGAGAGGAAGCUCUUUGGGAAGACGACGGUUAAAAUGGUACAGACACCAUACGGCAUCAUCCCAGACGUUUAUGAGAGAGAGAGGAGACCCCUGAUGCCUUACUGGGGAAUUUAAUGGGACUGCAGACGGGAAGCACAACAGAAGGGACGCGCUGUUCUGAGUCGACCAGACUGGAGACAUUCCCUUCUCCUUCUACAGCCAACUUUGGUUCUUUAUCAUACAGCAGAACCUCAACUAAUUCUCACCUCACUGACCUGCAAGGCCAACGAUUCCCUUCAGAGCAUUUCUCUCUACAGGGAUUCCCCCAUCCCCGUUUCUCUGACUUAGCAGAAUGAGGUCUCCUUAUAAGUUUAUUCCUUUCAUAAAGCCUCCCUCCCUUUUUCAGUCAGUUUAUUAGGAUCCUACGAGGAAAGGCCUAAAAGGCAUUUGGCAGAGUUGAUGAACAAAGUGCGCUUUGUGAUGCGGUAG